UUACAUUCACAGAUCCAUGGCAUCAAAGCGAAAAGAUACUCCACCUGGUUUUGUGGACUCAGUGUCAUCAACGAAAAAAGGAAAAUCUGGUACAGAUUACUAUACAUUUAGCUUCCAAACAUCUCCAGAUAAGUUUGCUAAAGUCAUUGGCUUUGACCAGAAAACCCACCAGCAAGCCAUUCACUUUGAGAAAACAAAGUCACCUUCUAAAAUAUUGAGUGCCAGGGAAGAUGAUGGCCAAAUCUUCAUAAACCAGUACACCUCACUCCUCAAAGCUAAUUCAAGUGAUGUCAAUUUUGAUCCAUGCAAAGAGCAUUCUCCUGCAGGCACUUCAUCAUCAGCCAACCUCCCUGACUCAUCUGCCACAGAUAUUACAUUACAAUAGCUUGACAAACUAACACGAAACCAAAGAGUGAACAUAAAGGCAACCUUAACAAUGGGUUCUUUGGAGCCAAAAGAACUUGUCAAAAGAAAUAGUUCCAAAGGGAGGGUAAAAGAAGACUGUGUUCUCGAAGACAAAACAGGCAAUGCCAUCAUCCAUCUUUGGGAUGACACUAUUACAGCGAUGACCACUGUACAAAGC